UUAUCCCUCUGAUCAGCCAUGGAUCCAACGAUUGAGAAGGAGUCAAAAGCCCCAAUCGACGGUGAAUCACACUCCAUCCAUUCGCAGCCGUCAACAGGAGAACUGUUUUCCAGCGCCAAAGUUGUGGCGGAUGCAGCGCAGUCUGCGUACAAGCGGGAAGAUUUCGACAAGGCGAAAGCGGCCGGAGCCGCUGAGGAUAUUCUGAGCGCAGCCUCCAAGUACGGUAAAUUGGAUGAUAAGGGCUAUGCUAAGUACGUGGAUCAGGCUGAAGGAUAUCUCCACAAGAUACGGGGAGAAGGCGGCCACGUGGAGGUGAAACCGUCGGAGGACGUGAAACCGUCAGAGGACGUGAAACCAGGUGGUGGUGGGUAUGGGGAUUACAUGAAAAUGGCGGAAGGGUUGGUGAGCAAGUACCAAUCUGAGGAAGAAAACCAAUCAAAUGACUCGGGAAAGAAGGAGGAGAAGAAGGAGGAGACUUCAGGAUCAGCUCCUACUCAAAAAUUUCAAAUGGAGGAUUCCCUUUAAAAUUUCGAUGCUCACCAAGGCCAACUAGGA